UGUUCUGUUGUGUGUGAUUUCCGAAGCAUUUGUAAUGGCAUUUCAGCGGCGGCGCCACCGCUAUAACAAUCGUAUGAUUCCGGUCAUUUCUGGUAUCGCCGCCGCUCUACUUGUUCUCUUCUCUCUCCUCACUUUCUUUUCUCCUUCUCCCAACGAUAACCAUCAUAUCAACCACUCCUCGGUUAACGUUGAAACGGAUUACGCAAUUGGAAUUCCCGCCUUCCGCGUUCCGACCGAUGGAGGAAAGUUGGAUCGCCAUGUGUGGAGUUCUAUGAAUUCCGAGCACUUCCAUGGAUGCAGCGAUGCGAGCAACAAUUUUCCAAAAGCUCAAGUGAUUACACAACCUAAUCGAUAUUUGAUGAUUGAAACAAGUGGAGGCUUGAAUCAACAAAGAACUGGGAUUACAGAUGCUGUUGUUGCUGCACGAAUCUUGAAUGCUACUCUUGUUGUUCCGAAAUUAGAUCAAAAAUCUUUCUGGAAAGAUUCUAGUAAUUUCUCAGAGAUCUUUGAUGUCAAUUGGUUUAUCUCCUAUCUGUCAAAAGAUGUCAAAAUAAUCAGGCAACUGCCAAGAAAGGGUGGGAAAACAUUAUCUCCAUACAAUAUGCGUGUUCCAAGGAAGUGUAAUGAAAGAUGUUAUAUAAUUCGCAUAUUACCUGUACUCCUGAAGAAACAUGCUGUUCAGCUCAACAAGUUUGACUACAGGCUUGCAAACAGGUUGGACACAGAGUAUCAAAAGCUGAGAUGCAGAGUUAAUUACCAUGCUCUAAGAUUUACCAAUCCAAUACUUGCAAUGGGUCAACAAUUGGUCCAUCGAAUGAGGAUGAGAAGCAAACAUUAUAUUGCAUUGCACCUCAGAUUUGAACCCGAUAUGCUUGCAUUUUCUGGAUGUGCUUAUGGUGGUGGGGAGAAGGAGCAAAAGGAACUGCGCGCAAUAAGGAGGAGGUGGAAGACACUACAUGGAAGCAAUCCUGAUAAGCAAAGGAGACAGGGAAAAUGUCCAUUAACCCCGGAAGAAGUUGGUCUCAUGCUAAGGGCAUUGGGAUAUGGUUCUGAUGUUCAUAUCUAUGUUGCGUCGGGAGAAGUAUAUGGAGGGGAAGAAACAUUGGCACCUCUCAAAGCAUUGUUUCCUAACUUCCAUUCUAAAGAUACUAUUUCUACCAAAGAAGAACUAGAACCAUUUUCUUCAUUUUCUUCCCGCAUGGCUGCACUUGACUUUAUUGUUUGUGAUGAAAGUGAUGUAUUUGUGACAAAUAACAAUGGUAAUAUGGCUAAAAUAUUAGCUGGGCGAAGGAGAUACUUUGGGCACAAACCAACCAUUCGUCCAAAUGCUAAAAAGCUGUAUCGAUUAUUCUUGAGCAGAAGCAACAUGACUUGGGAAGUUUUUGCUUCUAGGGUCCGUACUUUCCAGAAAGGCUUUAUGGGGGAGCCAAAGGAGAUUAGACCAGGUAGAGGUAGUUUCCACGAGAAUCCAUCUGCCUGCAUAUGCAAAGAUUCUGUGACCAAAGUGGAUCAAAAUUCUGGACCUGGGAAAUAUGGGAAGGAUGAUGCGACCAAGAAAAAUGUAUCAAAUGAUGGCUUUGAUGUUGAUGAUGAGACUGAAUGGCCUGAUAUGGAUGAUGAUGAAGAUCAGAGUGAUGAGCAGGGUAUGUUCAAUGAAACAAUUUCGGACAAUGAAAUUCUGAACUCUGAGGAACCGGAGUUGGAGGAAAUUCUUUCGGAUUAGUGAAGCUGCUCUGAUUCCGCACUGCUGUACCUGUUGACUCUUUCAUUGUGAUUUUUAUCUCCUAAUAUCCCGUUGAGCAGCUGCAGCUUGAGCUUAAAGUUGCAUAUAAAACCCAAACACAGGAAAAGAAAGAAGAAAAAACCCACACUUCUUUCUCAUUACCGGCUGAAGUACAAGUGGCUGCAUUUAGACAUCUUUAUAUUUUAAUUACCGGAACAUUUUGUGCAAUUUUAUGGUAUUGGCCUCAGUUUGAUGAUGAAAGGGGGUGUUUGGACGUCUGAUUUAUUCUGUGAAGAGGUGUACAAGGUCAAAAGGGGAGGAAUAGCGAAUAGGAGUGGAGUUGGAGAUAACUAGUCGACACAUGGCUGCAUACAAAAAAAAUGAGUUUGCUUGCCCUUUAUAGAAGUAGGAAAAUCAAUACAGUUGAUAGGCGGUGUAUAUCUUCAAUCGGGAAAUUCAUUAUAGGUGAUAGGCUGUGUACAUUUUUGUAGCGAUGGUUGAGGUUGUAGUCAACAGAUUUUCAGUUGGAAUAGGAUGACAGAAAAGGUUUUUACUUUUUUGCCUCGAGGAAACAAAGCAAUAGCAAUGGGUAUAGUAAUUUGGUUUUAAAACCGUCGGUUAAUUCUUUCGUCGAAGUAGUCAU